GCCAGGCUAGACCCUGCGAACCUGCUUCCGCAAUGGGUAAUGAGGAGCUGUGGGCCCAGCCAGCCUUGGAGAUGCCGAAGAGACGGGACAUUCUGGCGAUCAUCCUCAUAGUGCUGCCCUGGACGCUUCUCAUCACCGUCUGGCACCAGAGCACCAUCGCUCCCCUGCUUGCUGUGCACAAGGAUGACGGGAGCGACAGCAGGCGCAGCGCGACAGGCGCGGACUCCAGGGAGUACUGCAUGUCUGAUCGAGAUAUCGUGGAGGUGGUCCGGACCGAGUACGUGUACACACGGCCCCCGCCCUGGUCGGACACACUGCCCACCAUCCACGUGGUCACGCCCACGUACAGCCGCCCGGUGCAGAAGGCCGAGCUGACGCGCAUGGCCAACACGCUGCUGCACGUGCCCAACCUGCACUGGCUGGUGGUGGAGGACGCGCCCCGGCGCACGCCGCUCACCGCCCGGCUGCUGCGCGACACGGGCCUCAACUACACGCACCUGCACGUCGAGACGCCCCGCAACUAUAAACUGCGCGGGGACGCACGCGACCCGCGCAUCCCCCGUGGCACCAUGCAGCGCAACCUGGCGCUGCGCUGGUUGCGCGAAACCUUCCCCCGAAACUCCAGCCAGCCGGGCGUGGUCUAUUUCGCAGACGACGACAACACCUACAGCCUGGAGCUCUUCGAGGAGAUGCGAAGCACCCGGAGGGUAUCUGUGUGGCCAGUUGCCUUUGUGGGUGGCCUCCGGUACGAGUCCCCAAAGGUGAAUGGAGCAGGGAAGGUGGUCGGCUGGAAGACAGUGUUCGACCCCCACCGACCAUUUGCAAUAGACAUGGCUGGAUUUGCCGUCAAUCUGCGACUUAUUCUGCAGCGAAGCCAGGCCUACUUCAAACUGCGUGGUGUCAAGGGGGGCUACCAGGAAAGCAGCCUCCUUCGAGAACUUGUCACCCUCAGUGACCUGGAGCCCAAGGCUGCCAACUGCACCAAGAUUCUGGUAUGGCACACACGGACAGAGAAGCCAGUGCUGGUCAAUGAGGGGAAGAAAGGCUUCACCGACCCCAGUAUGGAGAUCUAGCUGCAG